UUAUUCUUCUCAAUUUCUAUGUUUCAGACAUAACAUAAAAAGUGAACCAUUAGAAUGCUAUGCGCUUCUAAGUGUAGUUCCUACUUCCGCAAAAUGUAAGCUGAUUGUUUUCUGGCCGCUAAAAAUUUGUCUUUUCGCGACUAUCUUACAUCAAAUGAUUUCAGCGUGUCAGGACUACGUCGAUCCAAGAACCGGGGUGUCAGGUUGCCCCCAGAGAAAACAUCUUUGUGAGGAUCCUAAAUAUCGUCAGCUUAUGGCAGAACAAUGCCCGUUGACUUGCAAAAAAUGUCCUCCAGGAACCACAGAAUGUCAAGAUUUCGUGGACAGCAGAACUGGAGUAUCAAACUGUGCAAAAAACAAACAUUUGUGCCAGGAUGUCCGUUACAGACAAUUAAUGAUUUCGCAGUGUCCCAAAACAUGUGGCCAUUGCGUGUAAUA